AUGGACUACUUCAACCAAGCUCAUAUACAGCAGAGCAGUGAAGAAUCUCACGAGCUUUGACCUCCACUUAGUGCUAAAGACCGUGUCAAUGAAGUCAAAAUUUUGAAAGCUGGAAUUACAAUUAAAAAUAUUUUCUUUCGACGCUUAUCAAGACGAGAAGCUUUUGCGAAAUGAAAAGAAACAAGAACAUCAUACUGGUUCCAGAAGUUUAAAUCAAUGCUUGAUGAAAUCUCGAAAGAGCGUGAUAGCUUGAUGCAGGAAAAUAGAGAUCUCUUUUUAGCGUUAAAAAAUGAAGAUAGCUCUAGUUCAGAAGAAAAUAAUACUCAUAAAUCGGAAAGAAUUUCUUUGGAACUGCCAAAUAUAGAAACUAAUACAGUUCAAGAACUUUUUUCGGAGCUAGAACAGUUUAUGGGGAUUUUAAAACAAAAGAAAUUUGUGCUGGAUAGAGAAUGGGUUAGGCUUAAAGAGGAGAAAGCAAAACGCUCGAGUAGAAGAAGGACAGAAAAAGAUGAUUUACAGCAUAAUUUAUGAAUUCCUGAGGAGAAGCUCUUUAUAUAAUUUUUCUUACUCCCCCCCCUCCGGGAGUGAACAAAACCAUUAGAAAAAUCCCUAUUUUUUGCCCAAAAACCCACCCUCCGUGAGUGAACAAAAACUUUUUUAAUAGAAAAAUUUUUUAUGGAAAAAAAAAUUUUGAUAUAUAAAUGAUAAUUAGUAUAAUGAAAUCUAGAGCUAAUUCUGUUUAAUUUUAAACGAAUUGCUUUUUAAAACAUAAAUUUUAUAAAUUAAAUUAAUAUUUGCUUUCCAAUUUUUUGUGAAUUAGGAUUUUUUUAAAUUUCGAAAAAAAAUAUUUUUUAUAAAAUUUAUAUAUAAAUAUUUUUAAAAAAAAAAAAAUUAACCCCCCUCCGUGAGUGAACAAAAUUUUUUUGUUCACUCACGGAGGGGGGGGGAGUUAAAUAAAUGUUUUUUUUUUAUUUUCAGGGGAAAAACACAUUAUUUUAGAAAAAUAUAAGGUUUUUUUUAUAAUAAAUGGACUGAUACAGCAUAUACACCAAAUUAAUGAAAGCAUUGAAGCUCAUGAAAGAAAACUGACUGAGAACUUAAUGAAUUACUCAAUGAAAUUAGAACGGCAAAGAUCACAUGAAGAUGAUGUAGAAAGAGGCCACUUCCCCACAAAAUCAGCCCAAUUCCAAAGCCCAUCCAAGCUAAGCGAAAAUCUAGACAAAUUCAAAAGCAGCCUAUUUCGUGGCUCAGACCCAACAGAUUUCUGGGCAAGUGCUCCAAAAACAGAUAUUAAUGAAAAAUUAAAAACUCUUGAACAAGAGCUAAUUAAAGAGCAGCAAAAACAAAAAGCCAACCGAGACAGACUUCAGCAAGAAUAUCAAUUAUUAGCACGAGAAAAAAAAGAAAUCAAAGUAAAAGAGGAAGAAUUAAAGGAAUAUCAAAGCUUUUUAGAAAGAGAAGGAAAACACAUUCAAAAAAGCUGGCUUGAGCUCAGCCAACUAGCUGAUUCUUUAGAAACUAAACAAGGAGCGAAGCUGAAAUGUUUGGCUGAUAAAAGAUGCCAAAGCUGGGACUGUUUUUCUAGUAAGCUAUCAGAAUCUAGCUUUAUUCAGCUUGAAGAAGGAGGAAUUAACAACAAAGGAUGAGAUGAAAAUAUUUCCCCAAAAGAAAACGAAAUUUUUGUGACUGACCAAGUAAUUCCUAAAGACUAUUUUUUCACUGAAUCGGUGUCAAAAAUUGAUCCUAUUCAUGAUAUUAAAAUUGAGCCUGAUGAAAGCUUUUCCCCUUAUAAGCCUCUUCAUUUUGAAAUUACUCAAUCUAAAAACAGCACUAUUACUGGAUUUUUGAAACAAAUAAAAAAUGAUCUUCUGAUACAAUGAAUAAAAUAUUCUCAAAAAUCAAAUUAUCGAAUUGCGUUUUAUUUAUGAAAAUAUAAUUGUUUAAAAGAUAAAAAUGAAAGCCCAAGAGAAGUUUUGUUAGAUAUAUUAUGACUAAAACGACGCAAAGAGCUUAAGGCACAAGGACUGCUUACUAUUGUAAAAAAUAUUUAGGAAAAUUACAGUAAAAAACGAAGAGAAUUCGAAACUAGUGCUUUUGCAAAAAAACAAAAAAAAUUAUUCCAAACCCAUACCCUUCGAGUUCUAAAAGCUACCACAAGGCAUUGGAGGCAGAGGAUUUUAUUUUUGAUUAAAAAAUACCUUUACAAAUGAUUCUCAAACUCACUUUCCAAUAAAUCCAGUGAGCUUUGUGUGACGUUAAAAAAUAUCCCUCCUUCUAAUCCGCCUCAAAACCAGGUUUUAAGUGUCACUACUUUAAGGGCAGAUUUAUCAAACAGCUCUGUAUUUGAUUUAAGUGCUAUCACUUUACAUGAAAAAAAUGUCGGGAUUAUUAAAUUUAUCUGCUUUUUGUCAAAAAUUCAAGGAAAGCAAGAAAGAAAUAUAAAUAUAAGAUUCAAUAAAUGGAAUGCUUCAACAAAGAAAAAAAGCUUUGAGAAUAUGAAAUCGGUACUUAAAGAGUUCGAAAAUAGGAUAUCAACAUUGAAAAUUCAAGAUACUGCAUUUAGAACUGAAAUUAUUAUACAGCAGAAAAAGCUUGAAUCUAAGCUCUCACAAAUGAAAACUGUGCUGAAAAAUUUGGCAGCUUGCAGUUCAACAAAUAAUUCCAAUGCAAAAAUUCAAUAA